AUGGCCAAGUCCAAGAACCACAACACACACGACCAGUUCCAAAAAUGGCACAGAAAUGGUAUCAAGAAACCUCAAUCACAAAGAUCCGCAUCUCUAAAGGGGGUGGAUCCCAAGUUCCUGAGGAACAUGCCCUUUGCCAAGAAGCACAAGAAGAAGAGCCUAAAGAAGAUGCAGGCCAACAGUGCCAAGGCCAUGAGUGCACGUGCCAAGGCUAUCAAGGCCCUCGUAAAGCCCAAGGAGGUUAAGCCCAAGAUCCCAAAGGGUGUCAGCCGCAAGCUCAAUCAGCUUGCCUACGUUGGCCACCCCAAGCUUGGGAAGCAUGCUGGUGCCCGCAUUGCCAAGGCACUCAGGCUGUGCCGGCCAAAGGCCACGGCCAAAGACCAAACCAAGGCCCAGGCUGCAGCUCCAGCUUCAGUUCCAGCUCAGGCUUCCAAAGGUGCCCAGGCCCCCUACAAAGGCUUCAGAGUAGAGAUCUCUGUCUGCCAACGUGAGGACAGAAGGACUGGUGCCACCCCCCCGGGCUGCCAUCUGCAUGGGGCUGGUGUCCUCCUGUGCUAUUUGUACAAAUAA